UAGCGCUGUGCCAGGCCUCAGGCGCCUUCAUAUCGAUCAAAGAGUCCGCAGCUCCACGCCCUUUCCACUCGUCCGCCUCCAUCUCAUAGCAUAGCGUACUGUCUCCUACGACACACCAAGAACCUCGGUCAUCCUUGCAUCGUUUAUGGCUCCUAGGCUUUUCGAUACACUGUGGCGUGUACGGCAGCCACUUUCACCAAGCGCCAACGCACUCGUUCCACGAGUUCUUGCUCCCAUGGAAUCUCCUCAGCCAAGUGAUUCCGUUCUUGCGCGCACUGAAGAGUUACCCCCAGUGUCACUGGAUCCUGCGACGGCUGACGAGCAUGUAGAUCGCAUCAGUCGUUUUCGUGUUCUUGUCAUGGGCAGAGCAAAUGCUGGUAAAACGACAAUCUUGCAGAGGAUUUGUAGUACUACCGAUCAGCCAGAAAUUUUCAAUGGAGAAGGACAGCAGCGUGGCUACCAUGACAUUGGUAUUGAGCUGGUGUUUCCGAGUAACCCACGCUUUGUAUUCCACGAUUCUUGUGGAUUUGAAGCUGGAAGUCCAGAACAAUUUGUUCAGAUGAAGAAUUUUGUGAUAGAACGUGCCAAAACAACCAAACUAGACAAGAGAAUCCAUGCUAUCUGGUUUUGCAUUCCAUUGACUGACAGCCACAGAAUGGUUACAGCUGCUGAAAGGAAGUUUUUUGAUGAGUGUGAUACAGGGCAUGUUCCUGUCAUAGUAUUGGCAACAAAGGCAGAUAGUUUGGAGCUUGAGGCUGCUCAAGAAUUUGAGGACCAAGGCUUGCAUGUAGAAGAUGGAGCAGAGGAAGCAGGACUGGAGGAAAAGAUUAAGAAUGAACACAUGGCAAAGCUCAAGGGUUGGUUGAACAAGACUGAGUUUCCACCUUGUGACUAUCUGUCACUCACUGGAAUGGAUGAAGAGGGUGCAGAUUGUACACCCCUACUGACUUGCACAGCAAAUGCAUUAGGGGAGGGGGGACUGCAACAACUCCUCAUCUCCACACAGCAGACUAACCUGGGGCUGUGUAUUGAAUUUGCUAUAAUGAAGACAUUGAAGAUGUGCAUGAAUAAGAAGGUUGGGCAAAUUGGACACAGAGUCCUCUCCUCUAUCCUUUCAAAGUGGUUUCCAUAUUUUGUGGGUGAACUCACUGAAAUAGUAAGUGGAGCCAUGGCAGGGGUGGUAGAGCAGGCUGACUACCUUAUUGGACUUGGGGUCAUAGGGAGGAGUGAGUGGAGUCAUGGCAGGUCAUGGUGAAUGCUUGCUGACCUGUUGGUCUUGGGUUCAUAGGGUGUGAGUGGAGUCAUAGUCACUGGUAGUGGGUCUAUGUUGACCUUAUGCUUUGCUGCCCUGUUGCACUUGGGUUCAUAGGAAGUAAGUGGAGUCAUGGCAGGUGGUGGUGAAUGUUGUUGACCAUGUUCACUGUUGCCCUACUGGUCUUGGGUUCAUAGAUUUUGGUAAGUGGAUUUAUGGCAGCUGGUGGUGGAUAUUAAUUUUCAUUGCCAUUCUAUUGUACUGGGUUUCAUAGCAAGGAGUGAGUGGUGUCAUAGCAAGUGGAGGAUGCAUGUUGAUCAUGUUCUCUAAUGCCCUGUUGGAUUUGUG